AUUCACAUAAACAUACAAACCUCCUCAAUACUUCCACCCUUCAUUGCUACUCUCUCUCGCAUGUCUUCUCCAAUUCUUCUUUUUCUUUUCCUCCUAUAUAUCUCUGUUCAUGCAUGCAAUGCUCGCCUUCACGACAUUUUCCAUAAGGGUUUCGGCAAGUAUAUGGAGAAGGCAGACUUUGAUGUGGCCAAGAAUCCAGUGAAGCAGAUGCAAUUGUCGCCCGAUGAAAUCCAAGCACGACGAUGGAAACCAGUAGAUGGAGAAGUCGCCAUGGACCACAGGCAUGGUGGUGCAAGCACUGAGAAAGAGAAGGAAUCGGAGGAUCUUGCAAGGAUUAUGAAUGUAAGAAGAGGGAUGAUUCCAGUUUCAGGUGCUAUUCGAAUCAAGUCUCUUCUUACAGUUUCAUGGCGAAUACCUCACGAGAAAGAUGGAGAACAUCAUCCAGGGUUUAACUUGGAUUAUUCAGGACCCCAAACACAUCCUCCCUCUCACAACUAAGAUUACCCUUUAUAUCUACAUAUCUCUGCCUCUUAGGUAUUUUCUGUGUUUUUAGGUAUUUUCUCUUAUACUGACACACAAAAGAUCAUCUUAGAAUUACAAGGAAUGAAAGAACUAGUUUACUAAAACGACUCUUAUACAAAACUCUCAUAACAGUUUUGAAUCAGAUGAUAUAGGCUGUUGUAUUGUAUAGUUCAGUAUAUUACAUCAUAUAAUGCUUUUCAAUGAAAAUAAAAAAUAAAAAAUCCACACCUUGUCAAUCAUUUAAAGAGGUUAUAUUCCCGAGCUAUUCCUUUUCCUAUUCCUCCUUCACAUGAAUUCUAUCACACUACUACUGCUUCUGCUGCUGUUGCUACUGUUAUUGUUGCUGCUGCUGUCAUAGAUC